CUGUAAGAUGCAUUAAGAAGAGAAUAAAUGCUAGCUUUGAAGAACAAUUCAACCGGCUCAGAGACUACAGUCAAGAGUUGCUAAAUUCAAUACCUAACACAACCAUAAAGAUCAUGACCUCAAGAGUUGUUGAUGAUGGCCCCUGUAUGUUUCGGAGAAUUUAUGUCUAUUUUGGUGGAAUGAAAAAUGGUUUUUUAGAGGGGUGCAGGAAAAUAGUAGGGUUAGAUGGGUGCUUCUUGAAAGGACUACUGAAGGGGGAAAUACUUACUGCUGUUGGAAGGGAUGCUAACAACAUGUAUCCAAUUGUGUGGGCCAUAGUUGAGAUUGAAAAUACUUCUUCUUGGUCUUGGUUUUUGGAGUUGUUGAUGCAAGAUCUGGAUAUUGUUGAUAGCAAACCCUGGACUUUCAUAAGUGACCAACAAAAGAUCUGAAUCUAAAAAUAGGAGGAAUCACAACUUGAAUCUACUUUGCUCUCUCAAAUAUUAUUCAUGAGGUAAUACUUUAUUUCAUAUUUUUUGUGCAUUUAUUGUAUACAUGUUCCCUUUUUAAUUUUGUAUAUCUUAUAUGUUGUGAUGAUAUGUUGUUAUGAUGUUGAAUACUACUACUUAUUACACUGUUAUACUAAAUAGAUUUGGCAUGUUUAUCAUUUAAAAUUUUUGUCUGUAUCGCAGACAAAAUAUAAAAAUUUGUCUGUUAAAUCGAUUUUUACAGACAAAAUAUAAAGAUUUGUCUGUAUCGCAGACAUUUUAGAUCGGAAUUUUUCAUAAAGUGUCUGUGAUACAGACAAUUUUUUUUUUGUAUGUGUGAAAAUCGUUUUUCUUCAUAAACCGCCACUCAAUUUGCCUGUGUAGUCGGUCAAAUUGUCUGUGUACAGACAAUUAUGUGAGUGCAUCUUGUAAAGUACUAGUAGCUUGUGUAUGUCUUCUCUAUAACUUCUUUAUUAAUGGGGUUUGAAUAUACCGUAGUACUUGGUUAUUGUCAAGUUAAUGUAUCAUUUAAAUUAAAUAUAUUUUAACUAAAGGAGCUUUAACCAUGUCACUGCUUCAGGGACAUCUUCUACCUCUUUGUGACCAAUACUAGUAUCUUGAAGGCUUGUGAUUGAAAACUAUGUCUCUUUUUCAAUCGGG